AUGCGACGCGGCGAAUUCCCAAUCGCAUCUCUACCUGUGUGGUGCUCUCUCAAUGAUGUCACCUUUUUCGACGUGAAGGUUGGCGACAUCGAGGGGAAGGGAUAUGGUCUGGUUGCAGAGCGAGACUUGGUCAAUGAAGAGGAUAAUUCUGAAUCCCCGUUACUCCUGACCAUUCCGAAGGACCUUGUUCUCUCUGCUGAGGCCGUCGAGGAGUACGCCAAGGAGGACAAGAACUUUCGGCAACUGCUCGAGGCUGCAGGACACCGAUCACAUCGAGGAGAUGUUCUGCUAUUCUUAAUGGUGCAGCUUAUUCUCUCCUCGCCAGAUAACCCUGGCGCCAAAAACAUUGUCACUCCUUGGACGCAGUACUUCAGUCUUCUGCCAGCAAAGGUGCCAAUCCCUACUAUGUGGACCGACGCUGAGCUCUCACACUUGCGUGGCUCUUCUCUGGAGUCUGCUGUUGCUGCAAAGCUUUCAGUUUUAACUAAAGAGUUUAACGAUGUGCGCGCCAGAUCAAGUGAUCUUUUGUACUGGAAUGACCUUCUGUGGGCGGACGAAGUUUUCACGGUCCACGACUGGGUCUUACUCGACGCAUUAUAUCGGUCACGCUCACUCGGGUUACCAAAGUCGGGAGAAUCGAUGGUCCCGUGUUUGGAUCUUGUAAACCAUUCCCGGCAAUCGUCUGCUUACUUUGAGGAGAGCAGUAAUGAAGAGGUUACGCUUUUGCUGCGUGAAGGCUGUGCUGUUUCAUCCGGCCAGGAAAUUACCAUUGACUACGGGCAAGGGAAAUCGGCAGCCGAAAUGUUAUUUAGUUACGGCUUCAUCGACUCGGACGCAACCGCCAAGAGCCUGGUCCUUCCCGUAGAACCCACAGAAGAUGAUCCCUUAGCGAAGGCUAAGCUUCAUGUGUUCGGCACCCCUCCAACUCUGCAAAUCCACGACUCCGAGGAUGGCGUCCCGCAAUGGACAGCCCCAUUCAUCUACCUUGUUUGUUUGAACGAAGAGGACGGACUCAAUUUUGCGUUACUGCAAGAAAAUGAUGGAUCUCGGCACUUGAGGCUUCACUGGCAGGAAGAAGAUGUGACUGAUAGGGCGCAUGAGCUUACGGCCCUUAUCGACGGCCACGAAUUGCGCCAGAUAUUCGAGCUUCGCGCAGUCACUCUCAUACAGGAGCGAGUCGAGCAACAAAUCAAAAGCCUGCGAGACUCGCAUAGCAAUGCCAUGCCGGGGAUAGUGCGUGCUGAGAUUUUGCAGACUGCAUUGCAUUUGAGAAAUCUAGAAGCAGACCUUCUGGAAAGGGCGGCACGAGCCUUAGAGGACCAGAAAACCCGACUGCUUGCAGAUAAUAGCGUAAUCGCGUAUCUCGGCUUUGUGGAAGAGCCUAGAACUGACGAGGCCGGCGCCGCAUUGUCCAAUGAUGAGGAAGAUUUUAGCUGA